CACGCAGGUGGGUGAACUGUAGCGCACACCCCAGACCGGAAGAAAGUCGGGAGCGCGGAGGAACGCGUCUGUCAACACAAAGUGGUGUCCUCCGGAAGGUCUUUGGGUUUACUUGAGCUCAGGUACGUCCGAGCUGAUCACGAUUAGCGCUCUUCUGUCCCCGCGCGCGCGCGCUCCGGGACCUCGCGCUCUUCGUGGACUGCGGAGCCUCUCGUGACGCGGAAAUGACGGACGGAGGAGGCGCGUUCGCACUUUGUACACUUCCUAACCUUCUCUAUUAUUGACACACCCAUGUCCUUGUGCAAGACGGCUCCAGCAGCGCCCUCCUCUGGCUGAAACUCUGCACUUGAGGGAUUAAGAGUGACGACUCGGCGAUUCGGUGACUCGGCGCUCAUGUCCCAGCAGCAGUCAGACAGCUUAGCGGGCGAUGAGGCGCCCCUCCUGGACGCGGGCUCCUCGGCCCCGGACCUCCAGGUGGACCGGGGCUCCGGGGCUGUGGAUGACCCCCCGGUGUCCGGCCAGGCGGAAGUGGUACUCAGCACGGACAGCCUGGCUGCCCUGAAGCUGGGCACGCAGCAGAUCAUCCCCAAGGGCCUAGCGGUGGCCAGCCGACCCCGGGUUCGCCCACGACACCACACCGCCGUGGUCACCCUGCCAGUGACGCGGGAGGCCCGACCGGUGCCCUUCCCCGAAGUGCAACUCUCCCAGGCGUCCGCGGAGGACGACGACAUUGACGGCGCAGGUGUCCAACGCCGUAUGAAUCGCAGGAACAUGUCAUACCGUGUUGCCAUGACGAGUGUUGGCAACGACAUCGUGAGCCGGACACUUCCAGCGUCUGCUCUCAAGGCCGUCAGUGAGGAUGAGACCCCCAGUGUCCAGCCGCCAUCGGGCCAGGAGGGCGACAAGAGAGCCCUUCGACGGAGGACUGGCCAGAAGAAAGGGGGCUCCUUCAAAGACGACCCCCAGCUGUACCAGGAGAUCCGGGAGCGGGGACUGCAUGCCGAGGGCCACGGCGGGGACGGCGAGGCCCCGGACGAGCAGCCCGGCCGGGACAGGAACAUCGUGGUGAAAAGUUUUCGGCCCACGCAGCUCACCUGGAGCCAGCUACCGCAGGUGCAGGAAACGGGAGUUCUGGAGAGCAUGUCUGCGGAGGAGCGCAAGCGGCAAGAGGCCAUGUUUGAAAUCAUCACGUCCGAGUACUCGUACCAGCACAGCCUGGGCAUCCUGGUGCGGCAUUUCAAGGAAAGCGCGGAGCUGCGUGCCACCAUGACCAAGACUGAGCACCACCACCUCUUCUCCAACAUCUCCGUCAUCCAGGCCAUCAGCCAGAAGUUCUUUGAGGAACUAGACAUGCGACACCAGGAAAACCCAAUUUUGAAGGACAUCAGCGACAUUGUGCAGAGACAUGCAUCCAACCACUUCUCGCCCUACAUCACUUACUGCUCCAACGAGACGUUCCAGCAGAGGACUCUGCAGAAGCUGCUCUCCAGUAACAGCGCCUUCAAGGAGGUGCUCAAGCGGCUCGAGUGCAGCGCCGAGUGUGGGGGCCUGCCCAUCAUCUCCUUCCUCAUCCUUCCCAUGCAGCGCGUGACUCGCCUGCCGCUGCUCAUGGACACCAUCUGUCAGAAGACCCCACUGAAGACAGUGGAGCAUGCAUCUACUGUGUUUGCCCUCAAGACCAUUAGCAAGUUGGUGAAGAAAUGCAACGAUGGAGCGAGAACCAUGGAGAGAACCGAGCAGAUGUACACCAUCCAGAAACAGAUGGAGUUUGGCAAGAUCAAGCCCUUCCCGCUGAUUUCAGCCUCACGCUGGCUGCUGAAGAGCGGUGAACUGGCCGUCUGCCUGGAGGAGCUCAACAUCUUCUCAAAGGCCUUCAGCCACAAGAGCUUCUUCCUGUUCCUUUUCAACGACGUGCUCAUCAUCACCAAGAAGAAGAGUGAGGAGAGCUACAUCGUGAUAGAAUACGCCACUCUGGACAACGUGACUGUAGAGCUGGAACCACAGGCCAUCAAGCAGGGUGGCUCCGCCCCCUUCCCGCUGAAGCUGUCGAUGAAGAAGAACGGUGACGGCCGUUUCGGACACCUGGUCUUGGCUGCUGAAUCUCAGCUUGACCGGGCACGAUGGGUGAAAGCUUUGCAAAAACGCCAACAAUUCAACUAUUUGGCCAGUAAGGAAGGGCUGCCACAAUGUGAGGUCAUCAAAGCCUACAUACCCAAGCAGCCAGAUGAGCUGGGGCUUCAGCAGGCUGAAUUAGUCAUUAUCCUGCAGAGAGAAGAAGGAUGGCUCUACGGUGAGAGGAUGCGAGAUGGAGAGCAGGGCUGGUUCCCAGCCAGCUGUGCGACUGAGAUUACAGAUCUCACAGCCGUGGCGGGUAACAUGCGCCGGAUGCAGAGGCUGCGGGAGACCAACGUCUGAGUCUCCACAGGGGAGACAAGCUCAAUUUUAUCUGCUGCCAUUGCUUUACAGGAAUGUGCCCAUUGCACUAGAGGGAAAUGAAUUUUGGAUGUUAAGAGUAGUGUUCCAGAUUUUAUAGCUGAACACCAAUAGCAAGAACCAAUAUUUUUGAUUUUAACUCUUUGCAUGAUAAGGUGCCAAAAGACUUCUGGAAAAUAGCUGCUAUUUGCCAUUAGUCUCCUGCCUUUGGACAGGCAACUGUACUAUUUAAUACAGUCUAAGGAAAAAAACUAUUGCCAGUUUGUCCUUUAAAUUCAUUUGAGCUUGUCAUGUUACAAUUGAUACUUCUACACAUAAGGAAGAUGUGAACAAGCUGUCCAGGAACUCACAGAAUAAAAAAAAA